AUGCUGCCGGCGACGGUGCGAAGGAUUGGAACACUCGUGGUGAUGGAUGAGAUCUUCUAUUACUCUCGCAAGGUGGGGAUGAGUUUGUCGCUGUUUGUCCACACUUUUCCGAUCGUCAAGCAUGUUACGGAAGUGAAGCUCAUUCUCGGACCUGGCCACUACGAGGAACCGUCGUGGCCGGCAGAUGGAGCGCACAGUUUCGUUGCUGCCUUGAACGAGAAGCUCCCGAAACUGGAAUGCGUUCGCAUGAAGGUGCAUUCCGAAUCUGCUGCUGCACCACCGCUCGUGCCGAUUCUCCUGGAGUUGCUUGGUCAUGGGUUCAACACACAUUUGUAUCUCGAGGCAGCUUGCCCCAUGAAUGUUUGCUUGGAACAUGUGCAGUUCUGGGCCAGACGGGACCGCAGAUUUCCGCCAGUGCCAGGGCCAGCAGCGCUUGAAGGACAGGAUUCACAACCACGCCGACCUGAACAAGGUGACCCUCCUAGAGGUAUUCUAGAGAGUCCAAGCUGA